CUUCACAUAUACCAUGACAGUAUCUUCAAGUCUGUCUUGUGGAUCACAAGAAAGUCAGGAAGUUCCUUGACUUUAUGGUGGUGCCAGUUCCUUAACAAAAUGGCACCUAAAAUCACCCUUAAAUGUCUGAUACUUGCUACAGUGAUAGCAACUGUUUCUGCCACAUUUGGGAAAGAACAUGUACAUAUAAGAAUACAUUUAAAAGAACCAGAGCAUCAUGGACCAAAAAUAAUACAUUCUCACGAUGACCAUGGAGGAGGAGGAGGUCAUGGAGGUGGAGGUGGUCAUGGAGGCGGAGGUGGUGGUGGCGGGGGAAGUCAUAUAGAAUUUACAAGUCCAGGAGGUGGACAUGAUGAUAUUGGCGGAUUUGGAGGCGGCGAUUUUGGAGGCUAUGGCGGUGGAGGAGGAGGAGGACACGGAGGAGGUGGAGAUUUUGGAGGAUAUGGAGGAGGAGGUGGUGGUGGACAUGGAGGAGAUGACUUUGGAGGACAUGGCGGUGGAGAUUUUGGUGGAUUUGGGGGAGGAGGUGGCGGUGGACACGGAGGAGGAGGCGGUGGCGGUUAUGGAGGAGGUGGAGGACAUGGAGGAGGCGGUGGUGGAUAUGGAGGAGGUGGAGGACACGGAGGAGGCGGUGGUGGUUAUGGAGGAGGUGGAGGACACGGAGGAGGAGGCGGUGGGCACGGAGGAGGUGGUGGUGGAGGACACGGAGGUGGAUUUGGAGGUGGACAUAUUAUAAUAAGUGAUAUAGGAGGUGGACAUGGAGGAGGCGCCGGAGGGCAUGGGGGAGGUGGUGGUGGUUAUGGAGGAGGAGGAGGUGGACAUGGAGGUGGGGGUCAUGGAGGAGGCGGAGGUUUUGGAGGAGGAGGUCACGGUGGUGGUCAUGGAGGUGGGGGAGGCGGAGGAUACGGCGGAGGCGGUGGUUUUGGGGGUCAUGGAGACAGUUUCGGAGGUGGUCAUGGCGGUGGUUUUGUAGCUAGUUCUAGUUUUGGAAGUUCCGGUUACGGAGGAGGUGGAGGCCACGGUGGCGGUGGCGGUGGAGGUGGUGGGCACGGAGGUGAUGACCACUCUUACGCAUCUAGUAGCUUCUCCUCUGGCUUCGGCAGCAGGUAA